AUGAAAUUCCAGCAUUCAGUCUGCACCCGAAAGACAGGAUUAGGUAAAACAUUAAAUACUUACCACCCUAAGCUUAAAUCUUUGGUAGUUUCUGAAAUAAAUGCAAAAGACAUAUGCCAGGGGAAAGAAUCUCUGCCAUCAACGAAUGAUACAAAUGCUGGUUACUCCCCUUUAUGGAAUCAAGAAACAAUUACUUCGUAUGACAAACUUCAUCACACUGAAACUGUUGCACCUUAUUACAUCUGUAAUGAAAUCUUGUUCUCAAAAACUAUUCCUCCAAAUAACAUUUCCGACACGCCUAACAUUUAUGUACCUGAUGAUACGUCCUCUAUGUGUAUUUACACAUCACCACUGAACUUUAAACAACAUAGAGAACAAGAAGCCGCAAAUAUUGAUCAAAUAAACAUUCAUUUAUCGCUAAGUGACCCUGUCUCCAUCCGUCACAACUUACACAGAACACUCGACAAGCUUUCAAAUCCCGCAUGCUCAGCAAAUAUGGGUAAAAACUCCUUCACACAGCCGAUAAAGUCAAAUUCUUUACUGCAAACUAUUCCACGUUGUGAAACAAUUCAGUUGUCAAAUGCUAAAAAAUCUGGAAUGAAGAAUCACGAAUGCCUCGACUGCUGGAACAGGUUCCCUACAUCGAGCAAUCUGGCAUGCCAUCGCAAAAAUGCCAGGAAAUGUCCACAUUGUGAGAAAACGUAUAUCUCCAAGCCUGCAUACACCAUGCAUACCCGCACACACAGCCUCAGCAGUGAGUGUCUGUACUGCGGCAAACAUUUCAGCCGCCCAUGGCUUCUUCAAGGUCACAUUAGAACUCACACUGGAGAAAAGCCGUUUCCCUGUCCUCAGUGUGGAAGAGCUUUCGCAGACAAGUCAAAUCUCCGGGCUCACAUGCAGACACACUCCAAGGACAAACCUCACGUCUGUGGUCGAUGUAAAAAGGCUUUUGCGCUAAAGAGUUACCUCUCUAAGCAUGAAUCAUCUUCUUGUUUGAAAGACCGCAGGUCUCGUGGGGCUGACUGA